AUGUCUCGCUUUGGGCUUACGGUCAUUCUACUGAUCUGCGUGCAUGCAGCUGCAGUCGCCCCAGAGAUUCGCGACGCUCAGCUGGGAGUCGGAAGCCAAAGGCUUAGAAAGCUCAUCAGCCAAUCUUCCAAGCAACAUUCGCAUCACGGAUUGGCAAGAAAAGGCUGGAGUAAUCGGCCCGGGGCGGUCGCCCUGUCCCAGGCAGACCAGAAAUUCAACAGCCUUUCCUCCAAAAUGAUGCGGAAGGCCCAUUUGGCAAACGGUCUCAUACUUCUGGGCAUGCUGGGCUUCUCAUGUGUUUUGUUUUACAUGCUAAACAGCAGGUUUCAACAUUCUACCAGGCACCUGAUGCUGAAAUCCGGCUCUUUGCUUUCUACGGUUUUGGCUUUCAUGGCCAUGAAAAAGAUGUGGAAGCUGAGUACGCAACACCACGACCUCGUGGGGAGCCUCUUCAGCGCCAUGCGCUUCCUGGCCCUCUUUGCGCUUCUCCCCUGGUUGGGGUUUAGCCGCAGGAGGGCCAGGGGAGUGCCUGGGAAAGCGAUGCAGGUUGCCGCGGGGCACUUUGUGGGCUUUGCAGGGGCCGACACCUUCGCACAGCUUUUGCGGCUGGCUGUGACUACACCUGGUCAGUACUUGCUUGGUGUCCUGGGAGUGCAGCUGCUCUGGGUGACGAUGGCCUUGCUUUGUUCGCGGCUGCAGCAGCAUUAUGAGUCACUACCGCAUUCAGAUCGAGACGAGCUUGAUGCGGUGAGCAUGCAGGACAUGCACCGAGAAGCUGGUGGCUUUGCCGUCGGAUUCCUGAUAUCUGUCUGGGUGCGCUUCGCUGUGGUGGGCUCUGUGCCCUGUAGCCCUACAAAAACGGGAGCUUUGACACAGGCUGACCUCAUGUGGAUGAGCUUUGGCACCUGCACAGCGCUCAUGCUUUGCAUUCUGGUGUCCAGGCUAUCGAAGUCUCUUGCGGGGACCUCGGCGAAUCUUCGCUUUGCGGUAUCCUGGUUUGCCGAGACCACGGCGAUGACCGCAUCCUGGCUCGUGUUUUUCUCCUUGCAGUGGCUGCUCUGGUACAGCACGACCUCGGGCCACCGCAAGCUGGAGGUCACAGAGCGGCUCGCUGCUUUCAUGCUGCAAGCCCUCGUAGCCUCCUUAGGCGCCAUUGCUGUCAUGGGGACGUCCUGCCUGUGGUCCAGCGAAGAUGCCCCUUCAGACUGCCUACUGCGAGCACUUGCGUUGCAGAUCGGGUAUUCUUGGGAGGUGGCAAUGUAUGCCGUGCUGGUGGAGACACCCACGAGAGAACUCUCUCUGCAACAACGAUACCAGCAAGGAGCAGGCAUCAUUGCAGUACUGCUUUGCUCGGUCUUGCCCGCCUGGUGGUGGCUCUUGGUGCCGAAAGUGCAACAGAAAGCAGCAUCACCGGCAAAGGGCAGCGAAACCCCCUCUCUAGAGGCUUCCGUGCACAUAGGAACUCCAGCUGAAGCGGCGAGCUUGCCCUUAGCCUUAGCUGCCGAUCCUGCGUCGUUGAAGCUGGCUCCGUCAGAGAAGCCAGAGACAGUGCAGACUUUCUCCGAGGCCGAGAAGGAACCUGCGAUCCCGGAGACAGCGGAGGCGGACCUUCGUCCGCCCCAGAGCAAGGAGAAGGAGGCUGGGGAGGCUGAGGAUACGGAUGCACUUUCUCCAGCAAGCCCGCAGUACGAUCGUGGCCUGAGCUCGGCUUCAGUCGGAAGGCCCAAUCGACGCUUCGUGGAGGUUUCGGACUCCUCCCCUGAAGCUUCGGAGAGGGAGUCCCCACCCCCAACCCCUCCCCCACAGUCCCCCAGGCAGCAGCCCGCCUCCUCGAAGCCCUUGGGCCGGCGACCUGUCUUUUACAGCAAAGACGAGGAGGACUGA